AUGAAUUGGAUUGACAACGAUGGGCUGUUUUUAGUAUCCAAUAAUACGAAUUUUGCCUUUGGAUUCAUGACUACACAAGAUGUCACUUUAUUUCUGCUUGCUGUGAUUCACAAGGGUACCUCAACUGUAAUUUGGUCUGCUAAUAGGGAUUCUCCGGUUGAGAAUUCAGACAGCUUUGUGUUUGACGAUUCUGGGAAUGCUUACUUACAAAGUGGGGGAUCGGAAGUUUGGUCCUCAUAUACUGCUAAUAAAGGAGUUUCUGAAAUGGAAUUACUAGACUCGGGAAAUUUGAUUUUACGUGGGAGUGAUGGCAGUUUAACGUGGCAGAGUUUUAGCCAUCCUACGGAUACUCUCUUGACGAACCAGGAGUUCACUGAAGGAAUGAAACUUGUAAACAGUCCCGGUUCCAAUAACCUGAGCUAUUCCCUUGAGAUUAAAUCCGGGGAUUUGAUUCUUUACGCGGGUUUUCAACCCCAACAACCAUACUGGGCAAUGGGAAAAGACAACAGAAGAACGAUCAAUAAGGAUGGUGAUGGCAUCGUUUCUGCAACUCUUACUGCUAAUUCUUGGCGAUUUUUUGACAAAAACAAAGUCUUGCUUUGGCAGUUUAUAUUUUCUCAAGAUACCAGAGCAAAUGCAACUUGGGUGGUGGUUUUAGGGGAUGACGGUUUCAUCACGUUUACUCUUCUUCAAGGAGGUUCAUCUGGUGCCUCAUCAGUAAGAAUUCCGCAAGAUCAGUGUAGCCGGCCUGCAGCCUGUGAUCCGUAUUUUGUUUGUUACACUGGCAACAAGUGCCAGUGUCCACCAUCCCUUCCUUCUUGCAAAUUGGGGACCUUUCCGUCUUGUAACAAUUCAAAGGAUCCUGGGGACCUUGUAAAUGCAGGAGAUGGCCUCAGCUAUUCUGCAAUUGGAUAUGUUCAACCAUUUUCAAAAACAGAUUUAAAUGGUUGCAGAGACUCUUGUCUCAGAAAUUGCUCUUGUGGUGCAAUGUUCUUUGAGAGCAGUUCAGGAAAUUGCUUUUUGUUUGAUCAGAUAGGAAGCUUGCAAGGAUCCAAUGAGGAUGGUGGCUAUGUUUCAUAUAUCAAAGUCUCGGGAACUGGAGGUAGUGAUGGAAACCCAGGAGGCGGUGACAAGAAACGCUUUCCAUUUAUUGUUAUCAUUAUUAUCGUCACCAUAUCUGUUAUAUUUGGUCUUCUUUACACGGGAUUCAUUUUCCACCGGAAGAGCAAGAAAUUGCCCGAGUCUCCUAAAGAGAGUUCAGACGAGGAUAAUUUCUUGGAAGGUUUAUCUGGGAUGCCGAUCCGGUUUAGCUACAAAGAUCUUCAGACUGCGACAAAUGACUUCAGUGUGAAGCUAGGCCAAGGAGGUUUUGGUUCAGUUUAUCAGGUUUCGGAUUUUGGUCUGGCAAAGCUUAUGACUAGAGAGCAGAGCCAUGUUUUCACCACAUUACGGGGCACAAGAGGGUACCUUGCACCCGAGUGGAUCACAAACUAUGCCAUAUCAGAAAAGAGCGAUGUUUAUAGCUACGGGAUGGUGUUGCUUGAGAUAAUUGGGGGUAGAAAAAAUUAUGAUCCUGCUGAGAGUUUGGAGAAAUCCCAUUUUCCGUCCUAUGCUUUUAAGAUGAUGGAAGAAGGGAAAUUGAAAGCCAUAAUUGAUGCAAAGCUGAAAAUAGACGAAGAGGACGAGAGGGUCGGUAUAGCAAUAAAGGUUGCUUUGUGGUGCAUACAGGACGACAUGUACCUCAGGCCAUCGAUGACAAAGGUCGUGCAAAUGCUAGAACGUGUCAGUCCAGUGCCUCCACCACCAACUGCUUCACAACUUGGCUCCCGGCUUGACUCAAGUUUCUUCAAAUCAAUCGGUGAGGAGGGCACUUCGUCUGGAGGUCCAUCAGAUUGUAACAGCAAUGCCUAUCUUUCCGCAGUUCGCCUUUCAGGGCCGAGAUAG